AUGGUUCCGUCGAACGAAAUUUCUCGUCUGAUGGUGAGUUCGACUGGACAUCACAUCCGAAAACCCGGUCAAAUGAUACCGAGCCAUGCUCAGCCCAGCAAACGAGACCGAAGGGGACUGGAGCGUGCCAUCUGGGGAGAAAUCAUCACCUGCUCAGCAGCACCUGCCUCCUCCCUCAAGCCGUCCAAGAAAACGUCGCAGGAUUGCUUUGGCAUGUGGUAA